GAUCUCAGUUCUCCUCCUCUCUUUCUCUCACUCUCUCUUUCUCUCUCUUCAAGCUGAAGCAGCGAUCCCGCCGCUUGCGUUUCAGGGCCUCGAGGUGGAGAUGAUGAACGGCGGCGCGAAGGUCUUGGCGGAGGCGUUCAACCCGGCGGCGGUGGCGCCCGAGCCCCUGCCGGCGGCGGUGGCCGAGCUUAACGGUAAUGGGGUCGGAGGAGGGAAGGCCGCGGCCGCCGCCGGCGACGGCGGGAAGAGGGAGAUCGUGCUGGGGAGGAACGUGCACACCACGUGCCUGGCCAUCGAGGAGCCCGACGCCAACGACGAGUUCACCGGCGACAAGGACGCCUACAUGGCCGGCGUCCUGGCGCGGUACCGGAAGACGCUCGUGGAGAGGACCAAGCAGCAUUUGGGCUAUCCUUACAAUCUGGACUUCGAUUAUGGGGCGUUGGCACAGUUGCAGCACUUCUCAAUCAAUAACCUUGGGGAUCCAUUUAUUGAGAGCAACUAUGGAGUGCACUCAAGACAGUUUGAAGUUGGUGUGCUGGAUUGGUUUGCUCGUCUGUGGGAAAUUGAGAAAAGUGAUUACUGGGGUUAUAUUACAAACUGCGGGACUGAAGGCAAUCUUCAUGGGAUCUUAGUGGGGAGGGAAGUUUUUCCUGAUGGAAUUCUAUAUGCAUCACGGGAGUCGCAUUAUUCUGUUUUUAAGGCAGCACGUAUGUAUAGAAUGGAAUGUGUUAAAGUAGCAACUCUGGUUUCUGGGGAAAUUGACUGCGCGGAUUUUAAAGACAAACUACUUGCUAACAAGGAUAAGCCUGCUAUCAUCAAUGCUAAUAUAGGAACAACUGUCAAAGGAGCUGUAGAUGACCUUGAUCUCAUUAUAAAAACUCUCGAAGAAAGUGGGUUUACACAUGAUAGAUUCUACAUACAUUGUGAUGGAGCUUUAUUUGGACUCAUGAUGCCUUUCGUCAAACGGGCACCAAAGGUUUCUUUCAAGAAGCCCAUUGGAAGCGUAAGUGUUUCAGGCCACAAGUUUGUGGGAUGUCCAAUGCCUUGUGGUGUUCAAAUAACAAGGAUGGAUCAUAUAAAUGCUCUCUCGAGGAAUGUUGAAUACCUUGCUUCCAGGGAUGCAACGAUCAUGGGUAGCAGGAAUGGCCACGCUCCUAUUUUCCUUUGGUACACACUCAAUCGUAAAGGUUACAAAGGGUUUCAGAAGGAAGUACAGAAGUGCCUUAGAAAUGCCCACUACCUGAAGGGUCGUCUUCGUGAGGCAGGGAUAAGUGCCAUGUUAAAUGAGCUUAGCAGCACGGUUGUAUUUGAACGGCCGUCGGAAGAAGAGUUCGUGCGCAGAUGGCAACUGGCUUGUGAGGGAAAUAUUGCUCACGUUGUGGUGAUGCCGAGUGUUAGUAUUGAGAAAUUGGACGGUUUCGUGAAUGAAUUGAUUGAGAAGCGGUCAACUUGGUACAGAGAUGGUACUGUCCAGCCUCCUUGUCUUGCUGUAGACAUAGGGGCUGAGAAUUGUUGUUGUGCUCUGCAUAAGUGACCACUUUUAGUGAUUUAGAUUGCGGUUUCGUCGGCCAUUGUCAGCAGCGGCAUUGUUGUGUUUGUUAGGUAGCGUUUUAGAUUUUGUAGCAGAGUUUGAUCGAGGCAUAUUUCCUUCUGUAAUAAGCUCUUCCAUUUAUAUCAGAAUGGCCUCAUAUUCUCCUCCUAAAA